AUGUCGCAACCCCCUCCAGGGCAAACGACCAACUUUGUGAACCCUGUGUCCAUCUCUUGGGCCGGCAGGCUGUCUAUAUGGCUGACCUUGCCUAUCAUGGUCGUAGCCUUUGUGUUACGGGCAUAUGUCCGUCUGAAGGCAAAGCAAAUGGAAAUUGAUGACUAUCUGCUGGUCCUCGGAGCUAUCCCUCUGUUCCUGACUACCAGCUCCUCUCUCUACCAGCUCGGUGCGGCUUCAUUUUCUGGAGUUCUCAUUCCAAUUUUCCUCAAGGAUGUCUGGGGUCGUCAUGCCUGGGAUACCCCCGUGUCUUCAAUCUUUCCAUGGUUUUAUAAGUACUCUGUAACAGCUGGAUGUCUGUACAAUAUCAGCGCCAUGUUUACCAAGAUUUCGAUUCUUGCAUUCUACCUCCGCAUAUUCUCUCCAUCGCGUCGCGCUCGAGCCCUGAUCUGGGGUGGAAUAUUCUUCACUGUCCUAGGCUAUAUGACUAUUACUAUAGCCAUGCUGGCUUGGAUGGUCCCCCAUCGUGGCGACGGAGGGUGGGGGUCGAUGGCCAAUGUCAAACGGAUGGGCGUCGCAUCCAGACAACUCGACUUUACGCAAGGCAUCUUCAGUGUUCUCUCCGACUUUUAUGUCUUGACAAUUCCCACUGGUAUUGUCUCCCGUUUGAACAUGAAAACGCAGAAGAAGAUUGGUGUGGCGUGUAUUUUUCUGUUUGGUUUCGUGUCGCUUGGCUGCUCUAUCGCUGGUACAAUUUUCCGUUAUUAUGCUAUGGUGCUUACUAUAGAAGAUGAGCGGUGGCUUUCGGUCAAAUUCGAAGCAAUGUGCGUGGUUGAGCUUAACAUCGGGGUCCUCUGCGCCUGUGUCCCCGUGUUCUUUGUUGUGUUGCGCACCUGGAAGCAAAGAACCGAGUCUGGGUUCGUGUAUCUCAAACAGCGCUUGUUGACACCUCCGGGAAGUAAAGAGAUGGUGGUCCUGGGCGAGCGACAGCAGAAACCCGGAGUCUCCCUUGACAUCCCGACAGGCACCUUGUCGGGACUGAAGACUUUCUUCUACAAACUGAAGCCAGAUGAGGAAGAAGCCAAGUCUGGUAUCCGUGUCUCGCAUUAUUUUGAGCUUACGUCUAUUGAUAUUGAUUAUCACGCUCAUAUCAGGCAUGAUUCGGCCAGUGGAAGCAACCCGUCGUUGGCUGGCGUCAAGGGGGGCUCUCGAGGGAGGUUCUAG